UCUUCUUCUUCUUAAUCUUCUUCUUCCAACUCCGUCGGGAAAAAAAAAAAAGAAAGAUGCGACGCCGUUUGGGAACUUACAGAUUUACAUUCUCUCUGAUAAUUGUCUCUCUCCUUCCUCUCUCUCUCACCGCUCGUCCUUUCGUUCUCCUUCUCUCUCAAGACGACCUCAAGGACGCUCCCGCCACCGUCGAUGAUUCAUCCUCCGCCACCGACUCACCGCCAGAGUGGGAUGAGUUCGGCGAUUCCGACUCAAAACCAGAGCACGAACUUGAUCCUGGCUCCUGGCGUCCAAUCUUCGAACCGGAUUCUUCUUCUUCUUCUUCCUCAGUCGAGGAUUCGGAAAUGGCAGAGUACUACUCCGGUGUAGAGAAGAUGCUGGCAUCUGUGAGUGAUGGAAAGGUGAGGUUGAUGGAGGAAGCAGCGGCGGAGAUCGAGAGCGCAGCGGUGAGUGGAAAUCCCCACGCGCAGUCAGUGUUAGGGUUUUUGUACGGAUUAGGUCAAAUGAAAGAGAGAGAUAAGGCAAAGGCGUUUUUAUAUCAUCAUUUUGCUGCUGAAUCUGGUAACAUGCAGUCUAAGAUGGCUCUAGCUUUCACUUAUUCACGCCAAGAUAUGCAUGAUAAAGCGGUGAAAUUAUAUGCGGAAUUAGCUGAAGUAGCUGUGAAUAGUUUUCUGAUCUCCAAAGAUUCGCCUGUGAUUGAACCUGUUAGAAUUCAUAAUGGUGCUGAGGAGAAUAAAGAAGCUCUGAGAAAGUCCCGAGGGGAAGAGGAUGAAGACUUCCAGAUUUUGGAAUAUCAGGCUCAGAAGGGUAAUGCUGGAGCCAUGUAUAAAAUUGGGCUAUUUUACUACUUUGGAUUGAGAGGUUUGAGGCGUGACCAUGCAAAGGCAUUGUCAUGGUUUUCCAAGGCUGUAAAGAAGGGGGAGCCCAGAUCAAUGGAACUCCUAGGUGAGAUAUAUGCAAGGGGAGCUGGAGUUGAAAGGAAUUAUACUAAAGCACUUGAAUGGCUUACACUUGCAUCAAAGCAGCAACUUUAUUCAGCUUAUAAUGGCAUGGGGUAUCUAUAUGUCAAAGGUUAUGGAGUAGAAAAGAACUACACCAAAGCAAAAGAAUACUUUGAGAAGGCUGCUCACAAUGAAGAGGCUGGUGGGCACUACAAUCUCGGAGUAAUGUAUCUUAAGGGGAUUGGGGUAAAGAGAGAUGUAAAGCUGGCAUGCAAGUAUUUUAUCGUGGCUGCUAAUGCAGGUCAACCAAAGGCAUUUUACCAGCUAGCAAAGAUGUUCCAUACAGGUGUGGGACUUAAGAAGGACCUUGUUAUGGCUACUGCAUUAUAUAAACUAGUUGCAGAACGGGGACCAUGGAGCACCUUGUCUAGAUGGGCUCUAGAAUCAUAUUUAAAAGGUGAUGUGGGCAAGGCAUUCCUGUUAUAUGCAAGGAUGGCCGAGAUGGGAUAUGAGAUUGCCCAGAGUAAUGCUGCAUGGAUUCUUGACAAAUAUGGGGAGCGAAGCAUGUGCAUGGGAGAAUCUGGAUUUUGUACAGAUGCAGAAAGACAUCAACGUGCACAUUCUUUGUGGUGGCAGGCUUCUGAACAGGGCAAUGAACAUGCUGCUUUGCUGAUUGGUGAUGCAUAUUAUUAUGGACGGGGUACUGAGAGGGACUAUGAACGUGCUGCAGAGGCUUAUAUGCAUGCAAAGUCUCAAUCUAAUGCGCAAGCCAUGUUCAACCUUGGGUACAUGCAUGAGCAUGGUCAAGGACUUCCAUUUGAUCUCCAUCUUGCUAAGCGUUACUAUGAUCAAGCCUUAGAGAUUGAUCCUGCAGCAAAAUUACCUGUUACACUGGCCCUAACAAGCCUGUGGGUGCGGAGGAACUAUGCAGACAGUUUCCUAGUCAACUUGAUUGAUUCAUUGCCUGGAGUCUACCCAAAAGUUGAAGCAUGGGUGGAGAAUGUGAUCUUGGAGGAAGGAAAUGCAACAAUACUAACCCUUUUUGUCUGUCUCCUUACAGUCCUCUACCUUCGUGAGAGGCAACGGAGGCAUGCAGGUGGUGUUGGAGAGGCUGCUGUACCACAGCAACCUCUUGAGCUUGCUGCCAAUUUACAUGACUAAUCAGCAGCAAUGAUCUUCUGCAGAAACGCUGGGAUUUUUCUCUGUUCUAUAUUUUUCAAAAAGGUAUAUUGUACAGGCAAUGAGUCUUUGACAAACAGCUGCAUUGUUUUACAGGCACAUAACAACAUCAGAAUGAGUGAAGUGAAGCAGGAAUAAGACAGCAUUUUUCUCUCGCAUGCCAGAAAAAAUGUAUGUAACAUGGGUCUCUGUUAAUUCCAGUUAUAGUUGUGAGUGAUAGGAGCAGGACAUUUACUGUCCUGAUGUAACCAUUUAUUUAUACGAGGAUACAUGACUUGAGGCAGGAACCAAAAUUCCGUGUUGAUUAACGGGGGGGGGGGGGGGGGGGGGGGUCGAUUUAACCGUUUAACAGUGUAGGAAUAUGAGAACACGAAGUAUAUGUUUAUAGCACCAGUUGGCAAAGAGUCUCCAGAUGCCAAAUUUCUCUUAUGUUGCCUGUCGCUCUAUGCUGUUUAUUCUCUUCCAUGGGUUACUGGAGAACUGUGGGUUUUUGUUAUCUGGGAUUGUUAUUAAGCUCUGAAAAUAGAUGUGAUGACCAAAAUGGUUGUAAAUUGUAAUAGGGGCAUAGCUCUAGAAAGAAAACAAACGUGACUCUGCCCAAACCGAAUUAUUUUUGGGGGUUUCGCAUGCCUUUUUUUAAUUUUCUUGUUAAUCUAUGCUCUGGGAUCUUUAUUC